AUGGCCUCGCUUGCAACGAAACCCAAGUUGGCUGUCAUCCUCGGUACAAUGACCUUCGGCUACCGGCAAAUGCGUAUUAACGACUUGAAUACUGUUCAGAGUAUCUUGGAAGCAUUCAAAGCUCAGGGAUGGAAUGAACUUGUGUAUCCUAUCCAAGGAGGAGAGCAUCAGCCAGAAAGACUAAAAGAAUUAUUCAAAGAAUCGUUGAAAGCUCUCAAAGUAAACAAAGUGGAUAUCUUUUACUUACAUGCACCGGACCAUACCACUCCUAUCGAGUCAACGCUCGGGGCAGUGCAAGAGUUAUAUCAAGCUGGACAUUUCACUGAGCUCGGUUUAUCAAAUUAUGCCUCAUGGCAAGUAGUAGACAUUUACCACAUAUGCAAGAAUAAGGGCUACGUGUUACCCACCGUCUACCAAGGAAUGUACAAUGCGAUAACUCGAGGAGUGGAAGCUGAACUUUUCCCAUGUCUACGGAAAUUCAACAUUCGCUUUUACGCAUACAAUCCCAUCGCCGGUGGAAUUUUCAACGAAAAUUUCUCCUUUGAUGGUGAUGUUCCAAAAGGAAGUCGCUUUGAUCCCAACACUGCGAUGGGGAAAUUGUAUCGUCCAAGAUAUGUGACCCCAGCUCAUGCGAAAGCAGUUGCCAAUAUCCAAAAAGCUACAGCUUCCCACGGUUAUUCUGCCAUAGAAGCCGCGUUCAGGUGGAUGAGACAUCAUAGUAAGUUGGAUGCCGCUCUCGGAGAUGGUGUCAUAAUCGGAGGUUCGUCCUUGGAACAUAUUGUCUCCGCCUGUCAGUUACUCGAUAAAGACCAACCUCUGGAAGAAGACGUUAUCAAAUCUUUGGAUGACGGUUGGAAGACGGUCAUGGUUUCCUCUGCGCCCUACUUCAGGUGA